AUGUAUUCACUCCUGGUGUCCUUUUCCAGUCGUCCCGACACCACGCCGCGUGUCCUCGACCCGGUCUACAAGUUGCUGAAGGACUCGCUACUAUCCCAUUCGCGCUCGCUACGACUCAAUGCGUUGCGUAUCCUGACCUCGCCGCUUGUUCAAGCCCCCGAAGGAACAGCAGAGCUCCUCCAGAAGGCUCUCCAAGCAGAGGAAAUCUCCAUCGACGUGCAGGGCGUGCGCGAGCGCGUGCUCCGCAUCGGGAGGCUGCCGCUGAUGGUGAAGGAUGGCGAUGACGUCGCGGCGGAAAUAUGCGCGCGUUGGUUGAUCGCCCAGCUGAAGGUCAACCUGCGUCCGCUGUGGAGCCCAGCGGCCUCCGCGCUGUCAACGCUGGCUGGUAGAUUCGGUGAUCUGGUUUGGGUUCUUCUGUUUGAGGAGGUGAAGGGGGCGUCAUGGGGAUCGACCGGGACGGUCUCCAAGCCGGCGUGGAUGCAGGAUGUCGCCGAGGAGAGCGACAAUGUCUGGGAAGAGGAGCGGUCAUGGCGAGAUCCCAGCGCACAUAAACUUCGGAUGGCCAUUGCGAAGUGGAGUUGUCAUAGAGCUGCGCAGCAUUCUAUUGUGCAGCGCCAGGCUAUAGGUGACCGACUGGACGCGACGACGUACGAGACGCAGCUGCUAGCGGUGCUCGAGGAGUGCUCAUCUCUGGCCGAGAAGCACAAUCGUGACCUAAUUCCACACUUCCUCUCACUAGCCGGACCCGACGCGCCCUCGAAACUCCCCCGGUACAAGCUCAGCGCGUGGCUCAAGCUUUUCUCCAAGUUCAACAAUCCGAACGCGUUCCGCUCGACAGAGACAAUGCGCGCGCUGUACAUCUCCCACCUCUCCCAUCCCGAUCGCGGGCUGCAGCGGCUCGCGCUCUCGUGUCUCCUGACGUUCAAGUCUCCUCGGCUGCUCCCGCACGAGGAAUCGCUCCGGCUGCUGCUCGACGACACCAGGUGGCGUGACGAGCUCACGCAGCUCGACUUUGCGCAAUUGGAGGCAGACGAACGCCCCGAGCUGGUCGGCGUGAUCAUUCGUCUGCUCUAUGGCAUGAUGCUUGAGAAAAGGGGGCGCACGCGGGGAGCGGACCGGCGCGCGGCGGUGUUGUCUUCCCUUGCGGGAUGCUCGGACGAGGAGUUGACGCUCCUCGUGGACUUGAUGCUUCAGCCGCUGAGGAAAGAGCAGUCGAUGGAGGUCGAAAGCGGUCCGUUCGUGAUACGUCCGGUUCCGGAGGGGGUGUUAGAGAAGCAGCAGGUCGGGUUCUUGACCCUGCUCGGGGACCUCCUCAAGCAUCUUGGCCCGCGGGUGGUAAACCGUUGGCAGGCCCUUCUUGAGACAGUGCUCCACCUGAUUGCGGGCGCACAAGGUGCCCUCGAUGCACAGAAGGAUGGUCGCGUCGACGACCCCAUGGAAGAUGAGGUCACCGAAGCCGAGGAAGAGGACCGCGAGGAGCCGAUGGGAUCGUUGAGGACGCUGAGGAAUAUACGCCAGCUCGGGCUUAAGCGACUUGCGGACUUCUCCCGUUGUCCGGUCGUUUAUGACUUCUCGUUGUACAUGCCGGAGGCGUUCCGAGCGGCCAUCUCCCCUCGACUCCCUUCUCUGGACGUCGAGAAUACUCAGGCGCCCGGGGCAUUGCUCGACCUCUUCCACGCCUGGGCUCAACGUCGGGAGUAUGCCUCAUACCUGGUGCAGUAUGACGACUCUGUCCUCCCCAAAGUGUACGACUGUCUCACCGCGACAAACGUGAAGCCGGUGGUGGUCUCCAAGGUGUUUGAUAUCGUCGAGCAGCUACAGUCCCAUGCUGUCGCCGACGACGCCAUACUUGACACAGUCUUCAAGCCCCACGUAUCUCACCUCUUGAGAAACCUGUCCACACUUGUCUCGCGCUCGAAUGGCAACGUCUCCGCCGCAAUCGACGUUCUAGGCCGUCGGCAAAUCACGAUACUCUCUGAGCUCGCGCCCUACCUGUCAGAUUCAUCUCAGGCUACGAUGCUUCUCGAGCUGUUCUCGCCUCUCUUGCGUAAACCCCACCAGGUUGUCCCUGAGAAAGUAAAGGUCGAUAUGACUACCAUCUUGUGCAGCCUCUUCCCUCUCAUUCAAGACCUGUCGGAUGCUAGCAGCGCGGUCUACAGCAAGACGUAUUCUCUGCUGUCGCAAUUGUUUCAGAUCUUGCGGUCUCGGCCCUCACGCAUCGCCCUUAUCCAGUCGUUCUAUGCCCUCGCACGAGUCCAGCCGACUAUCGAACCGCUUGCGCAGCUUAUGGAGUCGCUCAACGCGUACUCCACCAAGCGUCUCGACGAACCAGAUUUUGAUCGUCGUUUGACUGCCUUCGCCGAGCUCAAUGACUCGCUGUACGGAACGUUCUCUUGUGGCGAAUGGCUUCCGGUCAUCUACAACUCGCUCAGCUUCAUCCAGGACCCGCUCGAGCUUACCAUCCGGAGCAAUGCAGCUACAGCGCUCAAGCGAUUCAUCGACUCGGUGGCGGACGAGCGGGGCGAAUACGAGGAGACGUUCUUGAAAGUGCUCUAUCCAGGUCUCAAGAACGGAUUGCACUCGAAGGCAGAACUUGUUCGCACCGAAAUCCUCGGCGUAAUUUCCCAUGCAGUCGCUCGGUGCGACGGUAUCGCGUCUUUGCAAGAGAUGCGCAUCUUGCUUGCCGGCGGAGACGAAGAGGCCAACUUUUUCAACAACAUCCACCAUAUUCAGAUCCAUAGGCGCGGUCGUGCAAUCCGUCGAUUAGUGGAACACGUCAACGAAGGCCAUCUUCGGAGCGCCACGCUCGCGGAAGUGUUCAUCCCGCUCGUUGGCAACUAUAUCGUCCCCACUGACACCCUCGAUCAUCAUCUCGUCAACGAAGCCGUCAACGCCGUGGGCCAGAUGGCCAGACGACUCAGCUGGGGCGCGUAUCAUGCUCUCGUGCAGCGUUAUAUGAAACGAGCCAAGCAGAAGGACGCGGCCGAGCGCGUCUACGUCCGGACUAUCGUAGCCGUUCUCGAUAGCUUUCAUUUUCCUAUGGAGGAAGUCGUCAGCUCGGACGAAGCUCAGACUAUGGAGAGCGCAGACGCGGAGGGCGAAGAGGCCCUAGCUGAGCCCAAGCCCCUUCCCGAGCCGGUUCGAGACACUACCAAACUUGCUCGUAUCCAGGACGCGGUUAACACGCGUCUUCUUCCGAGCCUGAUCCUAUACUUGGAGAAGCGUGAUGAGACCGAGGAUAGCUUGCGAAUACCCGUUGCCGUCGGUAUCGUCCAGAUCGCCAAGCAUCUGUCUCCUGAGUCUCGCGACGCCCAGAUCACCAAGCUUCUUACCGUGCUCAGCCAGGCUCUGCGCAGCAAGUCUCAGGAAACUCGGGACCUGGUUCGGGAUACCCUCUGUCGUAUCGCUUGUAUCCUAGGACCUGGCUAUCUGCCUCUUCUGAUCCGUGAGAUGCGGGCCGCGCUGCUUCGUGGUCCCCAUCUUCAUGUGCUGGCCUACUCCGUCCAUACUCUGCUUGUGCACGUCACUACUGGGGAUCACGCUUCUGCUUUCGAGACGCUCGAUGACUGCGUCAUUGACGUUGCUGCCGUCUCCGCGGAGGUCAUCUUUGGUGAGUCAGGCAAGGACGUUCAGGCCGAAGGAUUCAAGACGAAGAUGCGGGAGGUCAGGGGAUCGUCGUCGAAAGGUGUCGACUCGUUCGCUCUGUUAGCGAAGUACAUUACGCCACCGAAGAUCAGCAGUCUUCUCCUGCCUAUCCGCAAUAUCCUACAAGAGACGGAGACGCUGAAGGUCAUGCAGCAGGUAGAGGAGCUCCUCCGACGCAUCGCGGGUGGCUUGAACUCCAAUGCGCAUCUCGUCCCAGCCGAGCUAUUGGUGCUGUGUCAUACGCUCAUCAGUCAAAACGCUCGCUUUCUCAAAGACGUCCCGAAAACCGAGCUCCGUGGUAAAGGCGUGAAACGCACAGACCACGCGAUAGUCCAGCUGAAACGUCGUUCAGCUCAUGAUAGCGACCAUUACGCCAACAACUCGUUUCGCUUUGUUGUCUUCGGCCUGGAGCUCUUUAAUACCGCUUAUCGCCGUGGUCGGUUCGAUUUCAAGGAUGCGAAUAUGAUGUCUCGUCUGGAGCCCAUGGUGGCUGUCAUCGGAAACACUCUCUAUUCGUCGCACAUGCAGGUCGUUGGUCCAGGCUUAAAGGCCGCGGCCGCAAUUGUCAAAUGCCCGCUGAAGUCCGUCGACAAGGCUCUACCUGUCUUCAUACGUCAAAUUAUCGAUGUGAUCAGGCAGGCAGGCUCCACCGAACCUGAAGCCAUCCAAACCGCCUUCAAGUCGCUGGCCACCAUUCUCCGCGACCAUCCAGGGGCUCAAGUCAAAGAGAAAGAUCUCGUCUACCUACUGGAGCUUCUGACACCCGACUUGGAGGAGCCUUGCCGGCAGGCCGCCGUCUUCACCAUGCUACGCGCUAUCGUCGCACGCCGCUUCGUCGUUCCCGAGAUCUAUGACAUCAUGGACAAGGUCGCGGAUAUCAUGGUGACGAGCCAAUCUCCCUCAGUGCAGGAGCUCUGUCGUGGUGCUCUUCUCCAGUUCCUCCUGGACUAUCCUCAAGGGAAGGGACGGUUGAAAAACCAGUUGACAUUCCUCGUCAAAAACCUGACCUACGUCCACGAAAGUGGGCGAAAGUCGGUCAUGGAGCUUUUGUCCGCGAUGGUCGCCAAGUUCGAGACUGGACUAGUUCAGGAGUACUCCGACUUAUUGUUCGUCGGGCUUGUCAUGGUCGUCGCGAACGAUGAGUCAGCCAAAUGUCGGGAAAUGGCAGCGGAGCUCAUCAAAGCCUUAUUGACGCGUCUAGGGACCAAACAGCGCAACGUCAUCAUGUCUCACGUGCAUUCGUGGUCGGUUCAGCAAGCUCAACCCCAGCUCACCCGCGUAUCUGCCCAAAUGUAUGGGCUCAUCGUUGACUUUCUCAAGUCCGAUGUUGCUUCGCACAUGUCGGCGAUCCUAGAAGACAUGAACUCUCUUCUCCGUCGUAGUGCUUUUGCGCUCGAGGCUGCGUCGUCUCCCCGCGAGGUCUCAGAUCACCACGGGAACGAUGUCUUGGCACAGGGCUGGCAAACGCCAUAUCAUACCCUACUUGUCUUUUCCAAAGCCCUCCGUGAGGAACCAGGGCUCGCUACUGAGGAUGGGGGAGUCGACUGGUCCUCGGUGGUGACGCUCCUUCUGUUCCCUCACGCCUGGGUUCGCACAGCCGCUUGCCGGCUCCUUGGAUCGCUCUUUGCUGCCGUACCUGUAUCAGCGCCGAAGAGUGGCGAGUCUUUGUUCUCUCGUGCUGCCAUGGAAGAGAUUGCGGCUAAGCUGUCGUUGCAGCUGAAGAGCGAGAAUCUCGAUGAGCAGCUCAGUUUGCAGAUCGUCAAGAAUCUCUUCUAUGUCGGAAAGUGCUUCUGUGCCUUGGAGCUACAGCCAUCUGGCAUGCAGGUCCCUGUCGAUGACAUGCAUGACACUUCGGAAGGGGACCAAACGGAGGAACUUGAGGACAUGGACGACGACAGUCUGCAAAACGGAGAACAUCAUCCGCUUUCUCGGUUAUUCUCGCGGCUGUCUUACCAAGCUCGCGCUUCACUCAUUCGCCGUCGUAGCAAAGCCAGAAGUGCGGCGAAUUGGUCUCAGCAACCGGCAGCUGUCUUGAAGUGGUUUGCAGCGAUGGUGUCCUAUAUGGAUGGUGAUGUCGUCGAGCAAUUCCUUGUGCAUAUUUUGAACCCUGUCUAUCGCAUUGUCGAGGACGAUACCGUACGGGACCCGCAGAUGGAGGAACUCAAGACGCUUGCCGUUGAACUGCAAGACCUCGUUCAGACCAAGGUCGGCACGUCGAGGUUCUCCAACGUCUACAAUGGUAUCCGGCAACAAGUCCUUAGUGUCCGUCGGGAUCGAAAGGCCGCGCGUGUCAUACAGAGUACUACGGACCCUGUUGUUGCAGCGAAGCGCAGGCUCCAGAGGAACGCUGCCAAGAAGCAAAGUCGCAAGAGAAAGAAUGAGGAAUUCUUGUAG